AUGAGGGCAGGGACGCUUUCCCGGGCCAUGAGCUCGACCGCCGGCAGCACCGCAGCAAAGGACGGCGGCGCCAACUGUGGCAAGGUCAACGAGAGCUCGACCACGGCAAUGGAGUACAAGCAACAGCACCCCCGCCAGCUGCGUCGCCUGCCCCGGGUGGACGCCGGGCCAUCCGCAGCCGAACAGGCCGUAAGCAACAUCCUGUACAACACACCCAUUGCGCCCAAGCUGCAGACCGAGAGGCAUAUUCUGGACUGCCUGGCACAAGACGAGCCCGGAGUGCUCUCUCGGGUCACGGGAGUUAUGGCGGCGCGUGGAUUCAACAUUGACACUUUGGUGGCCAGCAAAACCGAGGUUCCGGGGCUCAGCCGCAUGACCCUGGUGCUCAAGGGCCCAGCGAUCGUCAUGGAGCAGGCAAAGAAGCAGCUCGAGGACCUGGUCCCCAUUUGGGCUGUCCUGGACUACAGCCAUACUCGGAUUAUCGAGCGCGAGUCACUAUUGGUCAAGGUCAGCAUUGUUACGCCCGAGGAUAUUGAGAUGGGUGGUACCCUGAGCGACCGCGCCUUCUUGGACUCGCAGGAUAGGCUGUCUGCUCUGCGGCAGUACGCUGAUUUGUUCAAGGGCGAGAUUCUGGAUGUCGCGCAGAACACCGCGGUGGUUUCGCUAAACGCCAAGGGCGACCGCAUCGACGCCUUCCUGAAGCUAGUCAGGCCGUUUGGUAUCCUGGAGGCUGUGAGAUCCGGCAUCAUGGCUAUGCCGCGCUCGGGCGACGUCACUAUGUUUGAGAGCGAGCAGAGCGCCCCUCAGGUUUCUAUCAACCACGAUAACGCCCCUGAUCUCUCCAACCUUCCUCCCAGCUAA